GGCAGGAGCUCGGUGCUGGCGGUCUCUGCGCGCGCUCGGGGAGCUUCUCCCUUCGCAGAGUGGCCCGGCUGAGGGGGAACGAGGCCGGUAGCCCACCCGGGGCCGCGGCGCCGAACGGAGCGAAGGAGCCCGGUGGCCGCAGAGGCGGACCGCGAAAGUCCUCUGGGCUCCUCGGCGCCCCUCCAGCCGCGCUCCAUGCUCCGGCCGCGGCCCGGCCCCUCGCCCGGUCGCUGACGGCGCCCGCCGCCCCGGGGAGCCCCCAUGCCCUGCGCGCUCCGGGAGCCGUAGGCUGCAGUUGCGCCGCGGCUCCGGGAGCCGGCGGGGGCGCCGCGGCCGUGGGGGGCGUCAAUGGAUCGCCAUUCCAGCUACAUCUUCAUCUGGCUGCAGCUCGAACUCUGCGCCAUGGCCGUGCUGCUCACCAAAGGUGAAAUCAGAUGCUACUGUGAUGCUGCCCACUGCGUGGCAACUGGCUAUAUGUGUAAGUCGGAGCUGAGCGCCUGCUUCUCUAGGCUUCUUGAUCCUCAGAACACAAACUCCCCGCUCACCCAUGGCUGCCUGGAUUCUCUCGCAAGCACAGCAGACAUUUGCCAAGCCACACAGGCCCGAAACCACUCUGGCACCACCAUGCCCACAUUGGAAUGCUGUCACGAAGAUAUGUGCAAUUACCGAGGGCUGCACGAUGUGCUCGCCCCUCCCAAGGGGGAGGCCUCAGGACAAGGAAACCGCCAUCAGCUCGACGGCAGCAGGAACCUCAUCACCAAAGUUCAGGAGCUGACUUCCUCCAAAGAGCUGUGGUUCCGGGCAGCCGUGAUCGCCGUGCCCAUCGCCGGCGGCCUGAUCCUGGUAUUGCUGAUCAUGCUGGCCUUGAGGAUGCUCCGAAGUGAGAACAAGAGACUGCAGGAUCAGCGGCAGCAGAUGCUGUCCCGUUUGCACUACAGCUUCCAUGGACACCAUUCCAAAAAGGGGCAGGUAGCCAAGUUAGACUUGGAGUGCAUGGUGCCAGUAAGCGGCCAUGAGAACUGCUGUGUGACCUGUGACAAGAUGAGACAAGCGGACCUCAGCAACGAGAAGAUCCUCUCGCUCGUCCACUGGGGCAUGUACAGUGGGCACGGGAAGCUGGAGUUCGUAUGACGGGGGCUGACCCCGAACCGAAGUUUGUGGGCGCUGGAAGGCUUGGGGUUCUGCUGGACAGGAGCACUUUAUCUGAAGAAAAACGAACUCACGGACUCACCUUCGAGAGACAGAACGACCUCUGCAAACAGAAUCUUGGCUAUUUCUUCUGAAGGAUUAUUUGCACAGACUCUUUAAAUACGGUCAAAUGUAUUAUUUGCUUUAAAAAUGAUAAGAAGCAACGAGAAGACUACGUACACACUGUUACCAGGGUUAUUUGCAUCUGAGCGAGCUGAAAUCGAGUACCUAAAUAAACUAAAAUGUGCUCUGUGUAAGCUCCAACAUCUUGAUUUAUUGUAAAGAUUUAAAAAUAUAUAUAUAUAUAUUUUGUCUGAAAUUUAGCGGUGUCUUGUCAUAAAUUAAAAACUAAGUGGGACGCAUAAGAAACUAAAUGUUAAUUAUACAAAUGAAGAUCUGUUGUCGCUCAUAGUAAGGGCUCAACUGUAGGAUUUGGCUUGAUUUUUUUUGUUUUUGUUUUUGUUUUUUGUUUUUAAACAAGACCAAGAUCUUGUUUAUCCUUACAUGCAUAUUUGUAGUUUUCUUACAGUGUGGAGAAUUUCUAAAUGUGUCCUGCUCAUCGUUCAGUGUCUUACCCACAUGUUUUUGUUAGGUGAAAGCUAAAAACCAGGAUUAUUCUAAGAGAAAUCUUAAACUUUAUACUAGGUCGGAUGUGAUGGAUCAGUGUCUAGAGCUGCCUUAUGAGCAAAGGUAAUAAUUCAUCAACUUAAUCCAGUUGCUCUGAAAUGCUUUUUAAAAUGUGUCUACCUCCAACCAAAAAAGAAAAACCAAACCAAACCUGCUAAACGAAACUUCCUCUCGUAGUUCAAGUUAGUCACUGUCUACUUUUACUGUUGAUUAAUUUAUCAGUUGACUUUGUCUCAGACCAGAUUAAAUGUUUUGGAUCCCAGAUUAGCCAAACUUGAUCCUAUCAUGCUCCUAGUUUUCAAACUUUCCUUCACGCAUUUUUUUUCUUCUCAAUGUUUAGAAAGGGUUUCAAUAGUGAAGAUUAUUUGUAUCAACUGAGAUUUAAAGAACACUAGGGCCCCCUGCUCUCCACAUUGACUUCAGUCACUGAUUAAGUAACAGUGUUUUCACUCCUGCAGGACCUUCUGUCUGGCAACACUGCUCAGCCUGAACUUAAACCCAUGCCACAUUUGUGUGCUUUCCCCCCCAAAUAGGUCUUUGUUAUCCUAAACGUGAGACGCAUUUGCCAUGUAGGAUUCUUUUUUUUUUCCUCCCAAUUCUUUUGUAUAUUUGAAACUUCUGCUUAAAAAUGAACCUCUCGUCUGCAUAUUUGAGUAUGGGGUUUUCUUUUACGAGUGUUAAAGGAUUGUGUGUGUGCAUAUUUGGGGGAUUAUUUUAUGAUAAGCAUGAUUUGGGUCACUUAAGACAGAUGCAGUCGCCAAGGUCAUGGAAGAAUCCGAGUCGAAAUGAUUAGUCUAAAAACGAGUACCUAGAUUAUUUAAUAAUUAAUAGGCCACAGCCCCGUACAAAGUAGGCUAUGGAAUAAAUACACAUUUUAA